UCAUGCAUAUAUAUACAAAAUAUAGCGGACCGGUAAUCGGUUAAAAGUAUUACAAAUAUUCACAUCGUCAAAAUAAUUAACCAGUUUAGUUACUUGAACAUUGCAAAGUGCAGUGAAUUGGUAAAUUGAACAAGUGUAUAUUGUUCAAUACCUGCGUGCGUGCGUGCGUUUAUACUUAAAUACAUAUUUAUGUAUGUAUGUUGUAUGGUCAUACAUAAACACAUGCAUUAGUGUGCAAGUAAAGCAUGCUCAAGACAUUUUUUAUAUGUACAAAAGAGCAAUAAAAAAUAUCAGGCGAAUCUAAACACGUUAUUAAAUACUGUGGAAAAUGUGUAUAUAACUAUGUAUGUAAAUACGUUUCUUAACAUAACAAUACAUACAUAAAUCAAAAGGCGACGGCUCGAUCGACAAACAUGGAUCUGCUUUGUUCAGAAAGCCUAGUUGGUGAUUCGGAAAUACUAUCAUACAUACAUAAUAAACCAACGACUGAUGCCCCACAAGUUAAUUCAAAAGAGAACAUGAAAAAUGCCGAUCAGCCAGAUUGUUGCUCGAAAUUAGAAGUUACAACAAAUGAAAAUGCCAAUGCGGAUGCGAUAAUUGCAGACAGCGAUGCAGAAAUAACGUGUCCAUUGAUUACUAACCAUAUUAACGGCACUAUAAAUAUAAGCCAAGAGCAGUGCAAUACUGUAAAGGAUUAUUCAAUGUUAAAAUCUGAUCGCUGUCUACAAAACGCAUUAAAAUCUGAAGAAAAUCACCAGCAGAAUGCCGAAACCUAUUUUCACACGGUUCAAAAGGAUAUAACCCCACCGAUGCGCAAGAUUGUGGUAGAAUGGAUGAUGGAGGUUUGCGCCGAGCAAAAGUGCCAGGAAGGAGUUAUUUUAUUAGCACUCAACUAUUUUGAUCGAUUUCUGUCAACAAAAUCACUGCGAAAAACAAAUCUACAAAUUUUAGGCGCUGCCUGCUUACUACUUGCAUCCAAACUACGCGAGCCCAAUUGUCGCGCAUUGUCUGUGGAUCUUUUGGUCUUCUACACCGAUAAUAGUAUAUACAAAGAGGAUUUAAUUAAGUGGGAACUUUAUGUAUUGAGCCUCCUAGGCUGGGAUCUUUCAACAGUGACCGCUUUAGAUUUUUUAGAUCUAUUGAUUAUACGUCUACCCAUAAGUAACAAAAGGUUCUCCGAACUCACAAUUGAAAAAGUGCGCCGACACGCACAGGCAUUUAUAUCAUUAGCGGCCAAAGAACAUCAUUUUUCAAAAUAUGCGCCCAGCACUAUAGCGGCAUCUAGCAUUGCCGCAUCCAUGAAUGGACUCAGAUGGCAUUUGUGCUCAGGUCAUAACAUUCACUUUUUGUUGAGUCGUCUGACUGUUUUAACCAAUACAGAACAGGAUCAACUUGAGGAAUGCAUGCUGCAAAUGGAAUCCAUAUUCGACGAACACCGGCACAAAUUGCAGCCAUUUUUAAUCAAUACAGAGAACUCGCCUUCAUUGAACGGAUAUUAUAACUGCCGGUAUCGGCAUAAACAGUAUCAGCUGCAUCGUCAGAAACCGAAAACUACUAUAUUACCAAAACUUGCACAGACGUGCAAAAUGCAGGCACAAGCCCAGAAGGAAUUGCAGGAAAUAAAGUUUUGAUUCAAUUGGAUAGAUUGAUUGAAUAUCGAGUAAUGCAUGCCCCCAACGCUCACAUUCACACAUGAUUUGGUUUUUGCCCCAAACAUUUGUCUCACACAAAAAGUCUCACCGAGAAAACAGUUUAAACAAAAAGUGUCUCUUGUUUUUAUUAAUUGAGAACCAAAUUUUUUUUGUAUCUAUAUUACUAAAUGUAAAAAAGAAAAAACUCAAUUCCGGAAGUCUCAGACUGAUAACACUUUUGCUACAUUGAUAAGAAUUUUACU